AUGGCCCGAAGUGUUUUAAUCCUUGUGGCCGCAUCGUUGAUGCUGGUUACAGCACAACCUAUAACGGACUCCAACUGGCAUCUAGUACCAGAUUCCAAUGGAAGGCUUCACCUGGUGAACACAAAUCCGUACGAUCUUCCGGAGGAUACUGCUGCGCCCUUGUUCAUUCCUGAACAGGACCUGAUCUACCGCCUCUUCACCCAGGCCAAUCCGACUACGGCACAGGUUCUUGAGUUCGGCAAUCCGGCCUCCAUUGCGGCCUCGAACUUCAAUCCGGCUCAUCCAACACGCAUCACCAUCCACGGCUGGACCAGCCAUGGAAACGAUGGUAUGAACACAAACAUCCGCAAUCAAUACCUUAGCCGCGGCCAGUACAACGUCAUCAGUGUGGACUGGAGUGUUGGAGCUCAAAACCCCAACUACGUCGCUUCCCGUAAUGCUGUCGGACCAACCGGAGCUGCGGUGGCUUCGUUCAUUGAUCAACUUGUCGCCGCCGGAGCAUCCACGGAUGACAUUUACCUGAUCGGAUUCAGUCUUGGAGCUCAUGUGGCAGGAAACGCCGGAAAAGGCCAGCAAGGACGUGUUAACACUGUGAUUGCACUCGACCCAGCAGGACCGUUGUUUUCGUUGGGACAAGCAGAUGCUGUUUCGCCUGCGGAUGGACGCUACGUCGAGAUGAUCAUGACCAACGCCGGACUUCUGGGUAACACCGAACCGAUGGGUCAGGCAACGUUCGUACCGAACGGUGGUCGGUCACAGCCCGGCUGUGGAACCGAUAUAGUCGGUACCUGUGCCCAUGAUCGUGCCCCGACGUUCUUUGCCGAGUCCAUCACCAGCUCCGUUCCGUUCCGGUCAACUCGCUGUGCCGGCAUGCAGGAAGUGGUAGCGGGAAGCUGCACGCCAAGUGGACCCGAUGCUAACAUGGGCGGAGAGCCAUCCAACUAUGGCCGAGGGGUCACUGGAGUCUAUAUUUUGUCCACGAACGAUGCUGCUCCAUUUGCGAGAGGAUAA